AUGCCGAACACGAAGAGUCAUAGGCGAGGACACGAAGAGAAGAAUAGGAAGGGGAGGUUGGCUGAAAAAGCGUCGUCAUUUCACGGAAGGACUGGUGGGGGUAUGGGAGAUAUGCUUCCUAGGCCCAGGACGGUGCCGGAUUUGAAAGGUGGUCGGACGACUACCGGAGUUGGGUCAGCCCAGGGGACGCCGAAGCUUACCAAGUUGUUGUUGAAUGUGACAAUUCAAAGGAGUCUUGGGGCUGUGCAGGUGAUUAUGUCGCCGGAAUCGAUGGUGGGUGAUCUGAUAGCGGCAGCUGUACGACAGUAUGUGAAGGAAGACCGACGGCCGGUUUUGGCGUCAAGUGACCCAGAAGGGUUUGAUCUUCAUUACUCGCAGUUUAGCUUAGAAAGUAAGCUCUCUCUCUCCCCCAAUUAG